UUCCGUUUGUAUUUACAUCUAACACAAUUUCCCAACUCAUAUGGAAACGGGGUUUGUAGAUAGUACUUUAUUUAUUCCUUCAGGGGACGGCGUGGCACAGUGGGAGAGUGGCCGUGUGCAACCCGAGCGUCCCUGGUUCAAUCCCCACCUAGUACCAACCUCGUCACGUCCGUUGUGUCCUGAGCAAGACACUUCACCCUUGCUCCUGAUGGGUGCUGGUUGGCGCCUUGCAUGGCAGCUCCCUCCAUCAGUGUGUGAAUGUGUGUGUGAAUGGGUAAAUGUGGAAGUAGUGUCAAAGCGCUUUGAGUACCUUUAAGGUAGAAAAGCGCUAUACAAGUACAGCCCAUUUAUCAUUUAUUCAGGAAAAAUAAUAAUAAAAUAACAGUACCUAAUCUACAGGUUAAGCUACUCAUGAAGAAAGUAGCUAAGCUACUGCAAAAUGUAGUUAAAUUACGCCGAUUUAAGCUACUGACCCUCAUUUGAGGGGAUUUCUAACUACUGGCCCACAUGUAUAAUAGCAAUAAUAAUGUAACUUAGAGUGUAUAAAAUGACCCAAUAAGGUUCCGUUGCUAUUAACUAUCUGUCAUUUUGCCUUUUCUUUGUCUCACCCCUAUAAUGUUAUUAAUUUUUUCUACCUCCCGUAUAUAAAAAAAAAACCAGAGAAUCCCUCUGCCAUUUAAAAAUGUUUUUUUAUUGAGUCCCCAGCUUGAAGCGUCCCUCUAUCUCCGUCUCCACAAAAGUGCAUGUCUGUUAUGAUUUUGCUCACUAGUUUCAAUGACCCGCCUUAUCUUGGCUCUGAUUGGCCAGUCCGUAACGUUUCGCCCUAACUUUAGCCAAUUGUGACUAAUCCUACGAACAAUCAUUGUGGAUUUUCUCCGUAUUUUCUCCGUAUUCUCAUUCACCCAGGUCAUUGUAUCUUCUACAUAUUUUUGGGGGGGCCUGGAUUCACAGUCAUUUGUCUCUCUUUGGUUAGAAAUAGCUAAGAAAUCGCUACUCGUUCAAAAAGUAGCUAAGCUACCACCGAGAUUUUGGAAAAUGUAGCUAGCCAGCGGGUUAGGAAUGUUACGAGCAGUUUGGAUCGAGAUAUCUCCGAAGAAGGAAGCAUCUUUAAGACAAAGGUGAGUUAUCACUUUGUUGUGCAAACAUCGACUAUAACAAGCUCCGCCUCUUUGAAGGGCCGCUGACCUCCUGUGCUGCCAUUGGCCGACUAUCAGUCCUAAUUAAAGUAAGUAAAAUUUCCAAAGACCGAUGCGGAUCAAUGGAUCUCGCCUUGAAGGCUCGGGCUCAGUAGGGCUCCGCCCCCUUGAGUCACUUGACAGGAACCACGUUAGCGUGUGGUACGGCGGUCAAGGCAUACGGUUGCCAUGUGCCGUAGUUGAGGACAACUUGUCCUUGUCCUUGGCUAUCGUCCUGCCCUUUUAAAAAAAUUAAUGAAUUUACAGCCUUUGUUUAGUGUAAUCAUUGAUCAGGGGACACACCUCAACACAGACUAAUUGAUGAGAAAGUUUGUUUCAGGUGAAAGUCCACAGAGAUUAAACAUCGGACUGGAAGAGCCACCGCCAUCGCCUUCUCCUCGUCGCUGCUUCGCAUGGCUGCCAGGGAAACCGAAGAUGACUCGAAGGGUCAGGAUCACCUUCCACGAGGGCGGAGCCUCAAUGCAAAAAAAGAGCCAAAUUCAUCCACGGACAUGAUUUACACCAUCGAGGACGUCCCACCCUGGUACUUGUGUAUUCUCCUGGGACUGCAGCACUACCUGACGUGCUUCAGCGGCACCGUGGCGGUGCCGUUUCUCCUGGCCGAGGCCAUGUGCGUGGGCCAAGACCAGAACACUAUCAGUCAACUGAUUGGAACCAUUUUCACCACCGUCGGAGUCACCACCCUGAUCCAGACCACAGUCGGAGUCAGAUUGCCGCUGUUCCAAGCAUCUGCUUUGGCUUUCCUGGUUCCUGCACAGGCCAUUCUCGGUUUGGACCGCUGGAGUUGUCCAAGUGAUGAGGAGAUUUACGGGAACGGAAGUCUUCCAAUCGACACCUCCCACAUUUGGCAACCUCGUAUCAGAGAGAUUCAGGGCGCCAUCAUUGUGUCAAGCACCGUGGAGCUCCUGAUUGGUCUUCUGGGACUGCCAGGGAUACUGCUGGAAUACAUCGGCCCGCUCACGAUCACGCCCACCGUGUCGCUGAUCGGCCUGUCUGUGUUUUCCACAGCAGGAGACCGGGCCGGUUCCCACUGGGGCUUCUCAGCGCUGUGUAUUCUCCUCAUUGUACUGUUUGCUCAGUACUUGCGGGAAACUUCACUCUCUGUGCCGGUCUAUAGCAAGAAGAAAGGACUGCGGUUCACCAAAGUCUACGUCUUCAAAAUGUUUCCCAUCAUACUCGCCAUCAUGCUGGUCUGGCUGCUUUGUUACAUCUUCACCCUCACCAACCUCCUACCCUCGGACCCAGAACGUUACGGAUACAAAGCCAGGACCGACGCGCGCGGUGACAUCAUGACUUCAUCUCCCUGGUUCAGAGUUCCUUAUCCCUGCCAGUGGGGGUUGCCUGUGGUAACGCUGGCGGGGGUGUUGGGAAUGUUCAGCGCGACCAUGGCAGGCAUCGUAGAGUCCAUUGGUGAUUAUUACGCCUGUGCUCGUCUCUCCGGGGCGGCUCCGCCUCCGGUCCAUGCGAUCAACAGAGGAAUCUUCACAGAGGGACUGUGUUGUAUCAUCGCCGGACUUUUAGGGACUGGAAAUGGCUCCACCUCCUCCAGCCCAAAUAUUGGGGUUCUUGGCAUAACUAAGGUGGGGAGCAGGCGAGUGGUCCAGUACGGAGCGGCCAUCAUGUUGCUGUUGGGAUCCGUUGGGAAGUUCACGGCCUUGUUUGCGUCUCUGCCGGACCCCAUCCUGGGAGGGAUGUUCUGCACGCUCUUUGGUAUGAUCACGGCUGUUGGUCUGUCCAACCUGCAGCUGGUGGAUCUCAACUCGUCCAGAAACCUUUUUGUUCUGGGCUUCUCCAUGUUCUUUGGACUGACGCUGCCAGCAUACCUGGACACACACCCCAAGUCCAUCAACACAGGUCUGGCAGAACUGAAUCAAAUCCUGACGGUCCUUCUGUCCACCGAGAUGUUUGUUGGGGGUUUCCUGGCUUUCUGCUUGGAUAAUACCAUUCCAGGUUCUAGACAAGAGCGCGGUCUCCUGGAGUGGAGGUCUUUGUCGUCCCCGUCCUCCUCCUACGACCUUCCUGUGGGGAUGGCGCUCAUCCGGCGGGCGCGCUGCCUCAGGAACUUCCCCAUCAGCCCGACUUUCAGAGGGUGGACUCUGCCUGACGGCCAGCCCCCUCCUGGUGAGAGAGAGGCGGAGCAAGGAGUAGUGGGGGAGGAGCUUAGACCAGAAGAGGAAGCUGAAAAGUCAACCAAGGUCUAAGGGCCUGAUCCAAAUAGCGGGCGCUAAACAGUGUGUACAAACUCUGAAUUAGUGUGUACUAUAAGUGUGUACAAAGUAUAAUAUAGUGUGUACUAUUAGUGUGGACAAACUAUGAACUAAUGUGUACUUUAAGUGUGUACAACCAAUGAAUUAGUGUGUACAACCUAUAAAUAAGUGUGUACUAUAAGUGUGUACAAAGUAUAAAAUGGUGUGUACUAUUAGUGUGUACAAACUAUCAACUAGUGUGUACUAUUAGUGGGUACAAACUAUUGAAUAGUGUGUACAAACCAUAAACUAGUGUGUACUAUUAGUGUGUAAAAAAUAUGAUAUAGUGUGUACU